GCGCCCCACGCGGAACCCGCGGCUCAGCCCCGUCCCCGGCGUCCCGACCCGCGCUGGACCCGAGGCCGGACCCGCCGCGGCGCAGCCGACGCCAGCCCGGGGCCUGCGAGGGACGCGCGCCCCGGGGUCCCCGCCGCGGGCACCAUGGGCGCUGCCCACUCCGCGUCCGAGGAGGUGCGGGAGCUCGUGGGCAAGACCGGCUUCUCCUCAGACCAGAUCGAGCAGCUCCACCGGAGGUUUAAGCAGCUGAGUGGAGACCAGCCCACCAUUCGCAAAGAGAACUUCAACAAUGUUCCUGACCUGGAGCUCAACCCGAUCCGCUCCAAAAUCGUCCGUGCCUUCUUCGACAACAGGAACCUGCGCAAGGGAUCCAGUGGCCUGGCCGACGAGAUCAACUUUGAGGACUUCCUGACCAUCAUGUCCUACUUCCGGCCCAUCGACACCACCAUGGACGAGGAGCAGGUGCAGCUGUGCCGGAAGGAGAAGCUGAGAUUUCUGUUCCACAUGUAUGACUCGGACAGCGACGGCCGCAUCACCCUGGAGGAAUAUCGAAAUGUGGUAGAGGAGCUGCUGUCGGGAAACCCGCACAUCGAGAAGGAGUCGGCCCGCUCCAUCGCCGACGGGGCCAUGAUGGAGGCGGCCAGCGUGUGCGUGGGGCAGAUGGAGCCUGACCAGGUGUACGAGGGGAUCACCUUCGACGACUUCCUGAAGAUCUGGCAGGGAAUAGACAUCGAGACCAAGAUGCACGUCCGCUUCCUCAAUAUGGAAACCAUCGCCCUUUGCCACUGACCUGCAGGCAUCCCCGCCCCCCCCCCCCCCGGCGGAAGCUGCACCGGGGUCCGCAGCCGCCCUCGGGGCCGGAGGCCACCGGUGUCCUGCUGCAGCUCUUGUAAAUAGCCCCCCUCUGCCGUCCUGUUUUCCCGAGGGUGUGGUAUGUGGGACUACUCUGUUUUUAUCUCUAAUAAAAAAGAAGACGGUUGGUUUGUUAAUGAA